CUGCGCGCACUAAAUAAUGAAAGUCGGCAACUUUUUUUGUCGAAAUUUCACAACUGUGGGCACGUAGUGUAACUGCAAAUACUUAUUUCUGCACAUAUCGAGGAAUGAUUUGAAAUAUUUGACUGUCUUAAUUGUACUGGAGGGAUGCUCUGCCUUGUCUUGGUUCGACAUCACGGGUUAAACUUUACAAUUUAAAAGCAAGUUUAUCUGACUGAAACGCUUUACUCACGUCUAACACCAUGGCUCGGAGACCCAAUCCGACAUCCAAGGAGGAUUUUAGUUUCGUCAGCCCCAUCUUAAAAUAUUUGCUGUUUAUUUUCAAUAUGAUCUUCUGGGUGAUUGCAAUGAUAAUGAUUUCUAUUGGAGUAUAUGCAAGAGUAACAAAACAUGUAGAAACUGCUAUGGCAUGUCUAGCUGUCGACCCUGCUGUCCUGUUAAUGAUAAUUGGAAUCGUAAUGUUUAUGAUCACAUUCUGUGGUUGUGUUGGGUCUCUACGAGAAAACAUUUGCCUAUUGCAAAUGUUUUCUGUUUGCUUGACCAUAAUUUUUCUACUUCAGCUGGCAUCUGGGGUGCUUGGAUUUGUUUUCUCUGAUAAGGCAAGAGAAAAAGUAAGUGAAAUUAUCAACAAUGCUAUUGUUCACUACAGAGAUGAUCCAGACCUUCAGAACCUUAUUGACUAUGGACAGCAAGAGUUUCUUUGCUGUGGUGGCAUCUCUUACAAAGAUUGGUCUCAGAAUAUAUAUUUCAACUGUUCAGCAGAAAAUCCCAGCAGGGAGCGCUGCUCUGUUCCCUUCUCAUGCUGCCUGCACACAACUGAUAAGGCAGUGAUAAAUACAAUGUGUGGACAAGGAAUGCAAGACUUGGAUUACACAAAAGCUGGAGUUUUUAUCCACACCAAUGGCUGUAUUGAUAAAAUGGUAAACUGGAUUCAUGGUAAUCUUUUUCUACUAGGAGGAAUAGCUUUGGGUCUUGCAAUUCCACAGUUGGUUGGAAUCCUUCUUUCACAAAUUUUGAUCAAUCAGAUAAAAGAUCAAGUAGAACUGCAAAAGUACAAUCUUCAGCAUCAGGCUGAUCUAUGGCACUGACAUACAAGAAAGUACCAAGAUCAAGAAGAGAAGCAGCAGUUCUCCUCAAUGCUAUGCUGUCUGGAAAUCUCAAGUAUUACAGUACAAUACUGUACAUUAUUUUACCAAAUGUAGGUUUCUGUCAUGUCAUUAUCCUGAUAUCUAGCUAAUGCCUCAGGUUAGUUUAGUUAUGACAAGGUUUUAAAAGGAAUUGAAUAUGCUGUCAUGGGAGCUGUUUUUGAACUUCAGGAAAGGGGACAGAAAAUGGCCAUACAAUUUUAAAGUUGGCUUAAAUUAUUAUUUAUGAUGUCAUAGCAAAAUGAAUCUGUUGAAUUUAGUGAUAAACUAUCUAAAUAUGUCUUACUACUGUCUAAAAAAUGGAAAACAGCAUUUUACGAAUAUUCAGGCAUGUGCGUUUUUUUUUUUAAUUUAGUGUUGAACAUCACAGUUCUCAGAAAUUUUUAACUACUACAGUCUGUAGACUAUACAUCCCAAUAUAGAAUAUCCAAUAUGUUAUGGCUACUAGAAGAUAAAAUGCCACUAAUAUAUUUCUCUUCCGUUAAUAUAAAAUUGACCUUAAAUGGUUGUUUGCAAUUAUUGAGAAACAAAAACAUUAGAAUGUUCUCAUUGUGUUUGAAUUUUUGUAACUGCCUAUCAGUUUUCUAAGCCUUACCAAUGCAGGGUCCUGUGAAGAUUAAGCCCACUCCAUUUGAAUUUAAAACAUGUUGAUGCUGCCACAGAAAGCCUGAUAAUUUCAGAAAUUCUGAACUACUGAACUUAUUCUCUAGUGCCAUAAGUUAAUCUUGUAUUUUAUUGAAUUGCUAUAUGCACCUGUUAUUUGUAUAUUACAAUCUAAAAUGUAUUUUGUUGUCUUGAAGAAUUUUAAAAACUAAUAAAAUGAAUGUUGUUAUAAUG